UUCAGGCACAGAUGAGAGACAGAAGCCAGACAGAACAAUCCAAAUUUCAUACUUGUUGGUCGUCACCCAUCAGCAAGGAAAGAAAUGAAGACGGUUGUCCUCUUUGUGUUCUGUGCCCUGGCAUAUGUGUCUCUCUCUACAGGAGAUCCCUCUACCUCUACGGCUUCCAAGCCAGCUAGUGAGAAGAGAGUGGGUAUGUUUGUCAAGAAGGACCUGGCCUCCACUCUGGUGAGACAGAAAAGAGCUACUCCCCCUGCAGACUUGUCCCUGAUUCAGCUAGAGAGUCUGAGGGAGGUGUGUGAGCUGAACUACUGGUGUGAGAACUUGAUGGACACAGCUGGUAUCAUUGCUGCCUACACCGAAUACUACGGACAAAUCCCCUACUAAAUGUCUACACACUUCACCAACCAAUGUCCAUUCCGCAGAGCUUUCAGACAGCAGUCAUUGCAAUGUUUUGACAAAUCAGAGUAUAAAGUGAACUUGGUGUCAGAGUGAGAGAGCAAGAGAGAUGUAGGACACAUAAAGGUUACCAAGAGAACUAUUUAUGCAAUUGGAUAAAUGUCUGCAGUUCAGUAUGGUCAAUAAAUGUAUC